UUUUUCAAAAAAACCCAAUCUUUUUGCACGAAUACCCAUCUCUGAAAUUCCAAAUUCAGCCGCCAUGGUUGUAUUAACAAACCCAUCAUCAAUUCCAGAGCAAUUAUCCUCCUCCGGCGCCGAUGUAAUUCCCGUCAUAGACCUAUCAAAUCCCGAUGCCAAAACCCUCCUGGUAAAAGCCUGCGAGGAGCUUGGAUUUUUCAAAGUGGUCGGCCAUGGCGUCCCCUUUGAAAUAAUCUCCAGGCUGGAAACAGAAGCCAAUAAAUUCUUCUCUCUUCCUCUGUUUCAGAAAGAAAAAGCCGGUCCUCCUGACCCCUUUGGGUACGGAAACAGAAGCCUUGGCCCAAAUGGAGACGUCGGUUGGAUCGAAUACUUGAUGUUCACAACCAAUCCAGAUUUUCAUUACCACAAAUUUGAAUCCGUCUUGGGUGAAAAUCUCAUAACCUUUCGAAGUGCUUUGAGUGAUUACUUAAGUGCUGUUAAAAGAAUGGCAUGUGAAAUCCUCGAAGUUCUUGCUGAUGGGUUGAAGAUUCAACCAAGAAACACAUUGAGCAAGAUGCUAAUGGACAAAGAUAGUGACUCUGUUUUUCGUCUGAAUCACUACCCUCCGGCGCCGGCGGCGCCGGCGGCGGUGAAGAAAGAGUUAAUUGGGUUCGGAGAACAUACAGACCCACAAAUCAUAUCAGUUCUAAGAUCAAACAAUAUAUGUGGUCUUGAAAUAUCAUCAAAAGAUGGUAGUUGGAUCAGUGUUCCACCAGAUCAAUGUUCUUUCUUCAUAAACGUGGGAGAUUCAUUGCAGGUGAUGACGAACGGGAGAUUCAAGAGCGUGAAACAUAGAGUAUUGAUUGGAAACAGUAAGAAAUCAAGGGUUUCGAUGGUGUAUUUUGUUGGGCCACCUUUGAGUGAAAAGAUUGCACCUUUACCAUGGCUGAUGAAGGAAGAACAGGACAGUUUGUAUAAUGAAUUUACGUGGUUUGAGUACAAGACUUCUGCAUACAAGUCACGACUAGCUGAUAAUAGGCUCUGUUUGUUUGAGAAAAUUAUUAUUAUUUAAUUCCAAGAUUAUUCUCU